UUAAUAUUUUUCUAUUAACGGAAAUAAACGUCAUUUACGUACAAUCAGAUAAUUAUUACCAGACAAAAGUAUUUCUUGAAAUUUUGAACAAUAGACUAUUUCUUGGAAUCUUAUUUAAAAGCAUUGAUAAUUACUGUUGAUUUCUUCAUUUUAUCAAGUGCUAUCUAUUGAAUUCUUGUCUGGAUUACUAGCUGGUUGGUUAUUCCUAGCAAAUAAAUUGGCAAGUUACGCUCUCACAACCAUUAUUUUAUAGCAUUUUGUUCUAACAAUAUAAAUAGCCACUUUCUCUACCUCGAAAAUCUUAUUUAUUUAAGUGCUGAAACUAAUAUUUAUAAUAGCAUUUUUAUCAAACGUUAAAAGUUAAAACCUUUUUGACUAUAAUGUUUCACCUCUACUACUAUUAGCGUAUUUUCUAAAACACCUUUUAUUUUAUAAUCUGAAAUUGAAAAAAAUAAUAAUUAAAUAAUCUAUAGUAAUAUGACAAAUGUGCUUGAAUGUAUGGGAAAUCCGCUGUAAAGUGGAAAUAUUUAAUAUUUUCUUGGAAAAACAAGUGUCAACUCGCUAAAGUUUACAAAAUAAACAUUUCGCGGAAGAGUAUUUGAGGGGCCGAUUCGUGAAUUUUUAAUCAGUGUGAGGUUUUGGUUCGAACAUUCGUGUAAAAAUUAAAUAUUUUUUAGAAAAUAAUGGAUUGCAAAAUGUUCAUUUUCUUAAUGGCGUUGGGAAUAAAUUUAAUUUUGGCAGAUGACGUGAGCUAUCAAGCUUGCGUCGAUAAAUACUCAAGGAAGGGAUACCAGCCGUGGCAGGAAUGGUCAGAUCAUUACACCUGCCACAGAUACCGAUGUGAAAUACGAGACGGGAAAUAUUUUAUUGCUGCUGUCGGUUGCCGCAAGCCAAAGAUACCUGAAAAUGCCCUCGAAUGUCACGAAUAUAUUGAAGACGAGAACGUUGAAUUUCCAACAUGCUGUGCUCGCUUACGUUGCGUUGUGGAACUCAAUGGUGAACGAAUUGUACAGACACGUGGACAACCUGGUGAACUUUUCCCUGACAAGCCAUGGAAGGGCCAACAAAAUGAACCAAACGCAGCGGUAGUCGGCAUGGGACCAGUACAGCAGAACCCAGGUGGUGAACCCCAGAGCCAACCAGCUCCCGGCAUGUUUAACAACAGAGGCGCAGCGGAUGGCAGCGAUAUUAAUGGACGCCGUUACGUAGACCCAUAUCCAUCUCAACCAAUGCAAGAUUCACCAAGAAAGAAGAGAUCUACCACCCACCCCCUUUUUGACCGUGGAUUCCUACAGGAACGCGCCUAUGCCCCACAUCAGAUCAAAAUUCACGGAUAUUCCCCUGAAAAAUAUACAUCAUACUUUACAAGUAGCGUCAAAGGCAUUUCUAAUCCUAAGCUUCACAUUAAUAUGUCUUAAUAACAAUCAAUGCAUUAUUCAUUAUCUAUUUGUGGUUUGUUGAUAAUAAAUUUGUUUAAUGUUUAUUUAAUUUAAUUUAUUUCAUUAUUAAAAGUAACACUGAACAUUUAAA